GAAAUUUGACAGUCCACGCUUUGGGCCACAAUUCGCAUUCUGCUGAAACUGGGCAAAAGCUGCGUAAACAAUCUACCAACAGGUGGCUAGCUGUGGGGACUUUUGUUUUGUUACAGAUAUUCGCAGGGUAACGACUGUUUGGUUUAUUGUUAUGACCGUUGCCAGGGACUACAAAAUACGUUAACAUAUAAAAAAAACAAAGGAAAAAAUUGUGUAGAGCUGCACUCAAUUAGCGAAUUUAAAUCAUGGACGACUAUGCGCCUAGUCGUUAUAAAAUGCAGGAUAAAAUAGGCGAAGGUGUGCAUGGUUGCGUGUUCAAGGCCAUCGAUUUGCAGCGCAAUGUGGAGGUGGCCAUCAAGAAGGUGGCAUUGAAAAACAAAUUCGGCAACAUUUCCUUGAAUACGCUGCGCGAGAUUAAGUCACUUCAAUUGUGCAAUUCGGAAUAUAUACUUAAUAUCAUUGAGAUAUAUCCCGAUCUGACGGGCCUAUCGCUUGUGUUGGAAUAUAUGCCCGACACACUGUACGGCCGCCUCAAAAGCGAGGUGAAUCCGUUGAGUCGCCAGCAGGUGCGAAAGUAUUCUCUAAUGAUGUUCAAGGGCAUGUCCUACCUGCACGAGGCGGGCAUUAUGCACAGGGACAUCAAACCCGCCAAUCUGCUUAUCAGUCAUAUGGAUGUCCUAAAAAUUGCAGACUUUGGUUUAGCGCGCCUCUACUUUCCCGACGAGGAAUCGCGCCUGUAUUCGCCGCAGGUCUCUACUCGCUGGUAUCGUGCUCCCGAAAUACUCUGGGGCAGUCAGAAGUACGGACCUGCAGUCGACUUAUGGGCCUGCGGUAAUGUGUUAGCCGAAAUGCUACGUGGUGUGCCGCUCUUUGCGGGCACAACAGAUAUUGAACAGCUGGCCAUAAUAAUACGCACUUUGGGUAGUCCACGACUGAAUGAAUGGCCAGAGCUAACGUCACUGCCCGAUUACAGUAAAAUAAGGUUUCCCAAUUCGGUGGGCAUACAUUGGGACAAUUUGUUUCCAAGCUGCACACAUGCUGUUGAAAUAGAUUUGGUAUCCAACUUGGUCGUUUAUAAUCCAAAGAAUCGCCUAAAAGCCACAGAGGUGAGUAGUGAUGUUAUAACCAAUAUGCGACAUCUAAAGAUAUAUUUUUCCCUCUACAUUUAUUUUCAGGCCGUUGAGCAUAGUUAUUUUGAUUAAUAUAAGUUAUAUGUA